CAUCCUGUUUCCAUAGUUUCGUAUUCCUCAACGGAUUCAGAAAAAUUACAGAAUCUAGAUAUGUGCUUGUAACAAGGAAUUACGCACUCCAUGGUCGAAAUGAAUGCUGCAUUUUUCUCUGUGAAAUCAAAUGUCUUUCUAUUACAUUAGGAAGACCUCAAGAUUCCUCUCUUUCAACCUCUUCCAUGUUUCACCGUCACGUCCACCCUCGUACCACUCAUUUGCCACACAACACUAUCCUUUUUCUUCUCAACUCCACGAUCAAGUCGAUUCAUUUCCUUCAUCACCGUCCAAUCACUACUACUACGCUUCACUACUUGACUAUUGUAUCUCUGCCAAAGCGUUAAGGCCUGGGAAACAGCUCCACGCUCGAUUGUGCCAACUGGGUAUUGCCUACAAUCAACACUUGGCCACCAAACUCGUCAACUUUUACAGCGUUUGCAACUCUCUGCGGAAUGCCCACCAACUGUUCGACAAAAUUCCCAAAGGGAAUUUGUUUUUGUGGAACGUCUUGAUUCGGGCUUAUGCUUGGAAUGGGCCCCACGAGUCUGCCGUUUUGCUCUACCACCAGAUGCUUGAGUAUGGGCUCAAGCCCGAUAACUUCACUCUCCCAUUUGUUCUUAAAGCAUGCUCGGCACUCUCCACAAUUGGAGAGGGAAGGGUCAUUCACGAGCGUGUGAUACGAACUGGGUGGGAGAGGGAUGUGUUUGUAGGUGCAGCUCUCGUUGACAUGUAUGCCAAGUGUGGUUCUGUGGUGGAUGCCCGCCACGUGUUUGAUAAAAUUGCUGUGAGAGAUGCUGUGUUGUGGAACUCCAUGCUGGCUGCUUAUGCUCAAAAUGGACACCCUGAUGAAUCGCUUUCCCUAUGCCGCGAGAUGGCGGCAUUGGGUGUGAGACCCACUGAGGCAACUCUAGUCACUGUUAUUUCAUCUUCGGCUGACAUUGCCUGUCUUCCUCAUGGGAGGGAGAUUCAUGGAUUUGGUUGGAGACAUGGAUUUCAAUCCAAUGACAAGGUCAAAACCGCUUUAAUAGACAUGUAUGCAAAAUGUGGUUCUGUGAAAGUUGCCUUUGUUUUGUUUGAGCGGCUCAGGGAGAAAAGGGUUGUAUCAUGGAAUGCAAUUAUUACCGGCUAUGCAAUGCAUGGUCUUGCUGUUGAAGCUUUGGACUUGUUUGAGAGAAUGAGGAGAGAGGCUCAGCCGGAUCAUAUUACCUUUGUUGGUGUUCUUGCAGCUUGCAGUAGAGGGCGUUUGCUCGAUGAAGGACGAGCAUUGUAUAGCCUCAUGAUGAGGGAUUACUGUAUCAAUCCCACCGUUCAACAUGACACAUGCAUGGUUGAUCUCCUUGGUCACUGUGGCCAACUGGAUGAGGCAUAUGAUCUUAUAAGGCAAAUGAAUGUAAUGCCGGAUUCUGGAGUAUGGGGUGCUUUGCUGAAUUCAUGCUAAACCCAUGGGAACGUGAAGCUGGCAGAGCUGGCUUUAGAGAAACUAAUUGAACUUGAACCCGAUGAUUCUGGCAAUUAUGUGAUUUUGGCCAACAUGUAUGCUCAAUCAGGUAAGUGGGAAGGAGUUGCAAGAUUGAGGCAGUUAAUGAUAGAUAAAGGAAUAAAGAAAAACAUUGCUUGUAGCUGGAUUGAAGUGAAGAACAAGGUCUAUGCAUUUCUUUCUGGAGAUGUUUCACACCCAAACUCUGGUGCAAUAUAUGCAGAGUUGAAAAGGUUAGAAGGACUAAUGCGUGAAGCCGGGUAUGCCCCUGAUACAGGGUCUGUCUUCCAUGAUGUGGAGGAAGAUGAGAAGACAGACAUGGUGUGCAGUCACAGUGAAAGACUAGCUAUUGCAUUUGGACUCAUUAGUACAUUGCCAGGAACCAGACUUUUGAUAACAAAGAAUCUCCGAAUUUGUGAGGAUUGUCAUGUUGCUAUCAAAUUCAUCUCGAAAAUCACCGAGAGGGAGAUUACUGUGAGAGACGUCAAUCGCUAUCAUCAUUUUAAACACGGAGUAUGUUCAUGCGGUGAUUAUUGGUGAAGAAGCCGCAAUUUAGUUGGGAUAAGUGGCUUGCAGAAACACCACAGUCUCCUGGCAUCGGAGUUCUGUAAAUCUGCACUUUAGUUUCAUAGAUCAUAAGCAAGUAAUUUUAGUUUUGGUUUACAAAACUUUCUUAACUCUACAAAAUGACAUUCACCGCAAUUUUCAAACAAAUGUGAAUGACAUUUUAUAAAAUAAAAAUCAAAUUGAUGAUUUUGUAAAUUUAGGGACUAAUGUAAUCGGUAUUUGUAAUUUUAGAGUUGAGAAUUUACUCCAUGCUAAUAGUAGAGCUUCAGUUUUGAAA